AUGGUCCGCCCCACAGGCCCCCGCGACCCCAUCGCCGGCGCCGACACCCCGCAGCCACCCUUCCCGCUCAAGCUGCGCGGGCCCGUGAUCAAGGGCUUCGGGCGCGGCAGCAAGGAGCUCGGGAUUCCGACAGCCAACAUCCCGCUCUCGGGGCUCAGCAUAAACGGGCACUCUGACCUCGACUCGGGCAUCUACUACGGCUUCUGCACGCUGGACCACGCCAAGAUCCCCUCCCGCACCGCCUUCCCCACGCACGAGACCAAGUCCUCAUCCCACGCCGUCCAAGACCUCGAAUACACCGCCACCACCCCCUCCAGCGGGCGCUCACCCGUGUACCCCACCGUGCUGAGCAUCGGCUACAACCCGUACUACAAGAACACCACGCGCAGUAUCGAGAUCCACAUUCUCGCCAACUUCUCGCACGAUUUCUAUGGCGCCGAGCUGUCGCUGCUCAUAUUGGGCUUCAUACGGCCUGAGUACGACUACGUGAGCAAGGACGCGCUGGUAGAGGAUAUACGCGAGGACAUCCGCAUUUCGCAGCGCAGUCUGGCGCGCGAGGCAUAUCGGGCGUGUAUGAGUGAUCCGUGGCUGAAGGGCGAGGGGGGCGCGGGGGAAGGGCAGAGAGAUGAGGUGGCUGUUAGUGCUAUGCCGAGCUAG